AUGAGCGGUAAUCUAUUAAGAAACACAGCCUAUAGUGAGGAUAGCGAAUAGCUUUCCCUGAACUAAGAAUUCAGUUCAGGCCAUGAAGGAAAGAAAACUAAAUAAUAGGCCCUUUAGCAAAUGACCUCAAUUAAGAUAUACAAUGAGCAGGCUGACAGAUUGGAGGAUGAACUAGUGAUUUUGGAAUUCUAAGGUGACUUUGAGCAUUCCAAUUCCUCUUAGUAUGAUGAUUUGAAUUUGGGAUCAAUGAGAGAACUGCAAGGUGGCAACUACGAACUGCAAGUGGGCAAUCACAUGAUUAAGGGAAAACUGACUGAUUUACCAAAGGCUUUGCUAUUCACUGAAAAGGUCUUUGAUGAAUUCAACUAGCAGAUGGAAUAUAGGAUUAAGGCAAUAAUUAAGAAGAAAGUAGUUUUCAGUUCUAGGCCAACACCCUUAAGAACAGUAGGCAGAGGAGAAGAGGAUAGCACUAAGAGAAGAAAACUUAACUGA